AAUAAAAAAGUUUCAUGCUGUCCAGGAAGAAAGAGUGGAAGCCUAUAAAUUUUUGGAGAGUGGCUUUUCGGCUUACCUGGAAGGAGCUCCCCAUUACAACUUUGUAAUGUAUCGAAGUCUUGUGCAUGAAGUGACACAGAGCUUCAAAACCAUAUCAGAGGAAGCAAUUUCCAUUUCAAAGACACUGUGUGAGAAAUACAAGUUGAACAAAGUUGCAGAAUGUAUUGACAGUAUUCAGGCUGGAGAACAGGAAAAGCUGGAGCUGACAGCAGAGCUACAGAUAGCUCGUCAGGGUGUUGUCGAUAACCCUGAGGAUGAAAGCAUGCCAGCACAGGUGGCAGGCCUCCAAGAAAAACUUCAGAAUGUUGUCUGCAGAAUCAACGAGCAUCUUGAAGACCUCAAGUAUGAAUCAGAAGAUCUGUACACCAAUGGGGAAGGAAGAUGACCCCUAGAGUGUGACUGUCUUUUGUGAAACAUAAUUAUGCAGUUGCUAGACACUGAAGAAUUUUCACUUUAUUCUGUUUUUCAUGAGGAUGCAUGAACUACAUCAGGUGGAUCAAAGUCUGCAAGUGACAUAUGACCAACUUUAUUAAUUCCAAUGGGCAAUUAGGGAAGUGUGUUCUGUUACAAAAGUUAUGGAAAAAAAUCAUAGAGAAAAAAGAAAGCAAGUGCUAGUUACAAGAUAGGGAUAAAGCAAGUGAUGCAUCAUAGCAAAACAGAAAAACAUACCAUCUUGUGUCUAGAAUUAGGUACUCCAAACUGAGCAAAUUGCUGGAUUGAGAUUCAGUUUAGUGAAGGUUCCUUACAGGUAUUGUCAGGUAUGCACAUUUAUUUAAUGUUUGGCAGUUCAUUAAUAUGAAAAGUGCUGUUAGAUGACUAGAAAAUUAAACUGAUUUGAUGCAGGUGAUCAUUGUUGUAGUAUGACAAUAAGAAACAAAGGGUGGAGUUAUGUUAUUUUCUGAACUUUUUGUGUGAAUAUUUUCAUGGUUAACUUGACAAACGAAAAUUGUUAUGUUGUUAGCAGUGUCAGCAGCUAAGGCCAUAUUAUGGUAAGUUACGAAACAGUCACACCAGUCAUGGCAACAGGAGAAACUUGUGCAAAUGAUGUGAGAGAAGUUGCUGCACAUGGCAGGCUGAUUAAGAAGAUGCAUUCUGGAGGAAUUUGAUGCACCACCAUUACGUCAGCUCUGUUGGAUCAGAUCAGUUAUCACAAACUUGUCUGAACCAAAAAGAAACCUUGAGGGUAUCUGGGACUGUAGACCACCUAUAAAUCCAUUCUAUUGAUGUCCAACAAGAUGUUCUUGAGAGUGAGACAGGUGAUGAUAUAUCACUAUCAGCAGUGUUGUUAGUUUUUAGCAGGCAAGACCAGUAGCUGGCCGUCUACUUUGACCAACAACACGUACUACGUACAAUGAGCAGGUUGCGAACAAUUUAUUGUCAAAUUCUGCAGUUUUCGAGUUUAUUGAAGAAAUGAUUUUUUUCUGGUGACCAUGCCAAAAAGAUGAUUAGAAGUAGAUUAAUGCUUCAUGUUUCAGCAGGAUUGUGACAUUCUGCCAGUUGUCAGAAUAUAGGAUGUUUCAGGUGUUAAUGAUAGCUAUAUGAUUUAGGAAGACCCAGGUACUCCAUUCCUUUCACAGGAGAAUAGUAUUGAUACAAAAUUGAUACUAAAACCAUUUUUAUACCGUUAAUAUAAUCAGUUACGUCACCUUUUAAAUCUUUUUUUGGUUUUGUUUUGGAAUGUGUUGCAUAAAUAAGUGUUAUGGUUCAGAGCAGUGACAUUUACUUGAAAUUCCAAUUUUAAAGCACUAUUAUUAAUAGUUUUCAGUACCUGGGUGUCCUAAAAUAAAAAUUGUAGCAGUUCAUUGUGUUAGGUAGUGCUUCCAGAUGAUUUCUAAGUGUUUAAUACUUAACUGAUGGUGUACUGACCUUUCAUUUUAGAGUAUAAAAUUACUUGGAAAUUAAAAUAUUUUAAAAUGUACAGCUUGUAAACUUUGAAAAAAACUUGGUAUCAUUGAAAUGAUGAAAAAAU